AUGGCGCUCUCCAGCGAGUCGGUCAACAACAUCAAGUCCGCACUGAAUGCCGCGUGCGAUGACACGAACAAAGGUCUGCCAGGAGUGGUAGCUGUGGCAAUUGGAAAAGAUGGCAAAGAACUCUUUGCCCACGCCGCUGGCAAACGCGGGUUUGGCUCGAAGGAGCCCAUGACACUUGAAAGCAUUUUCUGGAUCGCAUCUUGCACGAAGAUGAUCACCGGAAUGGCAUGUAUGCAAUUGGUAGAGCAAGGAACUCUAUCGCUGGACGACGCAGAUCAAGUCGCAAGCCUGUGCCCAGAGAUCAAGAACUUGAGCGUGCUGCAGGCGGAUGGGCAACUGGUACCGGCAAAGAAGGGCAUCACUCUGCGAAUGCUGUUGGCUCACACAGCUGGUUUCGGUUAUACGUUCUUUAACGAAGGUCUGCGCGACCACAGCAAGCCUGUCGGCUAUGAUGAGUUUUCCGGUCAUAUCAAGGAUCUGAUCCAACCACUCGUCCACCAGCCGGGAGAAGGUUGGGAAUAUGGAGUCAACAUAGAUUGGGCCGGUAUAUGCGUUGAACGUGCUACCAGCAUGUCGCUGAACGAUUACUUUCAGCGCCACAUAUUCCAACCCUUGGGACUUAAGAAUAUUUCCAUGUUCCCUAACGCUCAGAUGAAGGCCAAGCUGGCGUAUAUGAAUGCUCGCACCCCGGACGGUCAGCUGCACCCAAGAGACCACCUUCUACACCGCCCCUUGGUCGUAGAGAGUGAGCAGGACAUCGCAACAUGCGUGAACAGUGGAGGUGCUGGUGCCUUUGCGCUGCCUCGAGAAUAUUGCCAAAUCCUGGCUACCUUGCUCAAUGAUGGCACAUCACCAAUCACUGGGGCACAAAUUCUGAAGAAGGAAACCGUGGAUCAGAUGUUCCAAAAUCAGAUUCCAGGGUUUCCCAACUUCGGGAGACAGGGUAUUCCGCCAGCAAAAGCUGACUUGACCAAUGCCAUACCAGAUCUAUACCCUGGCAAAGAACAGGGCUGGGGUUUGACGUUUAUGCUUUCGGAUGGCCCAACAGGGAGGUCGUCAGGCACAGGCCACUGGGCGGGCUUGCCAAAUCUCUACUGGUGGUGUGAUCGAGCUAAAGGCGUGGCGGGGAUGAUAUGCUCUCAGGUUCUUCCCUUUGCGGAUCCUCAGGUGCUGGGUCUCUGGGUGAAUCUCGAGUCUGGUGUGUACAGCGGCCUAAGCUAG